AUGUCUCCAUCCUACUGCAACGAGGUGUUCGGCUCUCUCCGAUCAUCAAAACCAUCGGGAAAGGGCGCCUAUGGUGAAGUGAAAUUAGCCGAAUUACACAAAAGGAAUGGCAAUGUCGUUACAGUCGCAGCUAAAACGAUAUCACAUGAGAUUGGAGAGACUCCAAAGAAAAUCAAAGAAAUGCUCAAGGAAGCUCGAAUCAUGCGUGGACUGCGACACCCUAAUAUUGUUUCAUUCGUUGGAGUCGUUUUAAUUGAUCAGCCGAUUUACAUCAUUCUGGAACUCAUACAAGGCGGAGCUUUGGAUGUCUACUUGAGGAAAAAUCACAAACAUGUUACGAGUGAGGAGCGUCUUCGAUUCGCGAUGGGUGUGGCGUGGGGAAUGGAAUACCUUCAUAAUGUCAAAAUUUUACAUCGAGAUUUGGCAGCCAGAAAUUGCUUGUAUGAUGGCAAGAUCUAUGUCAAAAUAUCGGAUUUUGGUUUAUCGAAGAAAGGAACCACUUACAAGAUGAAAGCGAUACAGAAGAUGCCAAUAAGAUACAUGGCCCCGGAAAGUCUUCAAGAAUAUAUAUUCACGCAGAAAACAGAUGUGUACACAUACGGGGUUAGUUGUAUUUCGUUUCACCUGUUGUGGAAUCACCGCACGACUUCUUCCCAAGAACAAAUACCACAACUGAAAAAAGUGGCUUUUCCUCUUGUAUCCUUCCCAGGGAGACGAAGGUAA